AUGGCAGAAAUGAAAGUGAGGGAUGUGGCAAUCCCACGAACCACCAAUGUUACCUCAAGUAUCCAGAAACCUGCACCUGAUGGGAGGUUUGAAUUGAAGCGGAACGUGGUGCAACUAUUGCACAUAAACGGGCAGUUCACGAUUCUAUCUCAUGAAGACCCACGAGUGCCUAUCCAGAAUUUCCUUGAGAUCAGUGACACAUACAUUCCAACGAGAGUGAACUCUGAUUAUAACUUGGAAAAGCAGUUUGGGCAGUUUGCUAGUGCUCAAAAUUCCCGACCACAAGAGGGUUUGCUGGGAAAUACCGACCCGAACCCGAAGCAAGUAAAUGUUGUGAGCACUCGGAGUGGUCUUCCAUUGGAGGAGUUGAUGCCAAAGGAAAAGGUAGCUGAUGAAAAAAGAACACAUGUAGAUGAAGCAAAAUCAAGUGAACAAAGGGUGAAUGAGAAACCAAAAGUAAAACCACCUCCUCCAUUCCCACAGAAAUUCAGGAUACAAAAGGAGGAGGAAUGUUUUGGUAAGUUUAUUGAAAUGCUUAAACAGGGCAUUCCUAAGUAUGCCAAAUAUGUGAAAGAUGUGGUAUCGAACAAGAGCAGAUUGUCUGAAUAUGCAACAGUAGCACUCACGGAGGAGUACAGUUCUAGGAUCCAGAACAUGCUCCUAAUUAAGUUGAAAGAUUCAGGAAGUUUCACUGUUCAGAUACAGAUUGGCAAAUAUGUUGAGGCAAGAGGUUUGUGCGAUUUGGGUGCAAGUAUCAAUUUAAUGCCUACUUCUAUGUUUCUUAAAUUGGGACUAGGAAAACCCAAGCCCACAAUCAUUAUAUUACAGUUAGCGGACCGUUCAGUGUCAAGGCCAGAUGGUGUUAUUGAAGACAUCUUGGUUCAAGUGGGAACUCUGAUUUUCCCCGUGGACUUUGUCAUUCUGGAUUUUGAGCCUGACCCAGAGGUCCCAUUUUUUUUGGGACGCCUAUUACUAGCCACCGUAGGUGCAUUAAUUGAUGUGGCAGCCGGUAGACUCACAAUGAGGGCUCAUGACAAGGUCGAGGUAUUUGAUGUAUACAAGACAAUGAAGCUGCCUGCAAUAUAUGAGGAGCUGUUUGUAAUUACAGUCAUUGAUGAAGCUAUGGCAUCUAAAUAUGUUGAAGCCCAAGACCCUUUAGAGAAAGUGCUAAUUGGGCAUGACAUUGAGGGAGAUGUUGUAGCCCAGGAGUUGGCUAACAUCCUAAAUGUCCCGAAUGUGAAUAUGCUUUGCAAGUUUGUGGAGCUAUUAAAUAGAGUCCUGGACCACCUCUGA